AUGCCCAAGAUACGCUCCGAAAAUAUCUUAGGGCUGCUUCGUGUUCUGCUAGCAACCCUUUACUUGGUGCUGAUUGUACUUACAACCCCAUUGUCGUUUGAAAUCGGAGGAUUAGAAUGUGGACUGAGUUAUAGCAUAUCUAUCCUUCUAUUGUACUUCGUACUAGCUACGAUUAGAGUGUUAAAGUGCAACAGGAUACUAUCUUCCUUUUUGUAUUAUUUACAGCACUUGCUUUUACCAUCUUUGUUGUUUACAUUUCUCUCUUAUUUCAAAGAGAAUCAUAGGCUUCUUACAAAUGAUAUCCUACAGAAUAUUUGGUGGAAUUAUAUCAUCUCUUCGUGGAAGUUCUUUUUAGUCAAUUCGACCCCUUUGUUUAUCAUCCUAGAAGGAUUUUGCUCUCUUUUAUUGAUUCAGGCAGUGGGCCAGAUCUCAACUUGGUUGGUCAGAAAUAAAUCCGAUACACUUUCUAUCCUCAAUCUGAUGUUAAGUUCCAUUAUUAUAUCAUCGUCGCUGUAUUUUGUGCUCAGAAUUUACGUUUCAACUACUAUUGGUUCACUAUCAGCUUCUCUGUUGGGGUCUAUUCUUACUUUAACCACUAUUUUGUCAAUUUAUGGGAUCAUGAAAAACAAAGCGUCGCCUUUGGAGUCGUCGCUUUUGAUUUCUUAUAUUGUCAAGUGCAUUUAUGAUUUGUUCCCCGAGCUGAGUCAACACAAUAUAAACAACUUGAUAAAAUUUAUCAUGAAAGAAUUUACAAGAAUUAACGAACACUCUAUGAUGAUCAACAAGAACUUCAUUACUUCUCUUUCCAACGCCUAUCACAACUACAACUACAGCUACGAUUUGACCAAACUGGAACAAUACUAUAAGAUCGUCAAAUAUUUCAGCAAUAAGACUUUUGAGUUUUUGACUGAAAGCUUUCCACAGUCAUUUGAGUCAAUUUGGGAGUUCCUAAAGUUAUCAAGCAGCAAUUUAACCUUGCCAAUCAUCCUAUCACUGGCGUACCGUAUCGGUGUGUUUUUUGCAGCUACAAAGAUAAUUCCAAUCUUACAACCCAACAACAGGAAUUUCAAGAAUUACUAUUUGAAGUUGAUUUACCUGUACUCUCCAUGCAUAAUCAUUGCGGUGUACACUAACUUGAUGCUCCAAUAUAAUGAUGAAUUAGACAAAGAGAAUGAUUCUUGGAAUUGGGUGAUUAUCAAACUCUCAAAUUUCGGCCAAAAAUCAGGGCUUUUCAAUUAUGAACCAGUGGUAUUGAAAGAUGAUGUACAUUCAUGGCAGUUUUGGAACUGGAUCAAUAUUUUCCUCGUAUUGUCCCUGUACUUCAUAGAGUUACAGACAAACAAUCCGGACGAUAAUUUGACUAGUAAUUGGGAGACAUAG